UGAAAUCGGAUCCGCGCUCUCGGUGACCGGCGGUGCGCGGGGCUUUGAGGGGUUGGUCGCUAGGUCUGGUCCUGGGGGGGUCCCGGUUCUACCAGGGGUUUAGCAGAUGAGUUUGGUCCCAGGGGAGUUUGGUGUCGGUUCCACGUGGCGUUUUGCACUCCAGCUCGUACUUAAUCCGAGCCUGGUGCAGGGCUUGGCUCGAGGUCCCGGACCAAGGCGGGAUUUGGUCCCCGGGAGGGCUCAUUCCUGCUCCCGGCGCCACCCAGGGCUUUGUUCUGUUUCCUGCCAGUGCUCCGGUCCCACUCAGGGGGGUCACCUCUGCGCUGGGCACCACGUGCGGUUUUACAGCCUGAGCCGCAGACAGGUUUGGCAGCCGGAGGGGUUUAGUCCUGGUCCAGGAUCAUCACAGGGAUUUGCACGCCGGUUUGUGCCUGAGUCUGGCCCCAGGGGACUGCAGCUGCUGCUGGUUCUGGUCCCGUUGUUCACCUCACUGAGGCAUGCACGCGGAUCCCGCUCUCAGAGGAAUGUGUCCCUGUCCCUGUCCCCCUCUCAUGAUGCCGACAAGCGGAUCAAGGUGGCAAAUCCAGUGGUGGAGAUGGACGGGGAUGAGAUGACACGAAUCAUCUGGGCCUUCAUUAAGGAGAAGCUCAUCCUGCCCAACGUGGAUGUCCAGCUAAAAUACUUCGACCUGGGGCUGCCUCAUCGGGACAAGACAGAUGACCAGGUCACCAUUGACUCAGCGCUGGCCACGCAGAAGUACAGCGUGGCUGUCAAGUGUGCCACCAUCACGCCUGAUGAAGCCAGGGUGGAAGAGUUCAAGCUGAAGAAGAUGUGGAAGAGCCCCAAUGGCACCAUCCGAAACAUCCUGGGCGGGACGGUGUUCCGGGAGCCCAUCAUCUGCAAGAACAUUCCUCGCCUGGUGCCCGGCUGGACCAAGCCCAUCACCAUCGGCCGCCACGCCCACGGCGACCAGUACAAAGCCACCGACUUCGUGGUGGACAAGUCGGGGACGUUCAAGCUGGUCUUCACGCCCAAGGACGGCAGCGGGGCCAAGGAGUGGGAGGUGUUCAACUUCCCCGGCGGCGGCGUGGGCAUGGGCAUGUACAACACGGACGAGUCCAUCUCUGGCUUUGCACACAGCUGCUUCCAGUACGCCAUCCAGAAGAAGUGGCCGCUCUACCUGAGCACUAAGAACACCAUCCUCAAGGCCUACGACGGGCGCUUCAAGGACAUCUUCCAGGAGAUCUUUGAUAAGCACUACAAGACGGAGUUUGACAAGCUGAAGAUCUGGUACGAGCACCGGCUCAUCGACGACAUGGUUGCCCAGAUGCUGAAAUCCUCCGGUGGCUUUGUGUGGGCCUGCAAGAACUACGAUGGGGAUGUCCAGUCAGACAUCCUGGCCCAAGGGUUCGGCUCCCUGGGGUUGAUGACCUCUGUCCUGGUGUGUCCGGACGGGAAGACCAUUGAGGCCGAGGCCGCCCACGGCACCGUCACCCGCCACUACCGGGAGCACCAGAAGGGACGCCCCACCAGCACCAACCCCAUCGCCAGCAUCUUCGCCUGGACACGGGGCCUGGAGCACCGCGGCAAGCUGGACAGUAACCCUGACCUCAUCAAGUUUGCACAGACGCUGGAGAAGGUUUGUGUGGACACGGUGGAGAGCGGGACCAUGACCAAGGACCUUGCUGGCUGCAUCCACGGCCUUGCCAAUGUGAAGCUGAACGAGCAUUUUGUGAACACGACCGACUUCCUCGAUGCCAUCAAGAACAACCUGGACAAGGCUCUGGGCAAGAAAUAGGGGACAGCCUCUCCAUCUCCGGGAUGGAUGGGGCUGGGAGGGGCACAGUGCCCUCCACCAACUCACCAGCAUAGCUCAGGAACAGUUGAAUAAUUUUUCCAAAGUUUUCUUAGGAAUGUUUUUAAAGCCUUUGUAGCAGGGGAGUGCAGGGGUGGGGGGCGUGUGGGGUGUGUCUGUCCUGCCCUGGUUCAUGUACCCCAUAACCGUGUGGUGCCAUUAAAUAUCUCCCCAGGCAUGGCACAGCUCUGCGCUGCGGGCACGGAGGGACGUGCACUCCAGCAUUUUGGCACUGCCUGAAGGUGGCACAGGGGCUGCACAGCCCUGCCGUGCUGAGGGCGGGCUGGGGCUGACCAAGGCUGUGGCCAUCUCCAUCCUGCCCUGGCUGGUAGUGGGGGGAAAGGGGUGGUAGGCACACCCAGAGCCACCCCAGGGCUUUUGGGAUGGGGCAGAUGGUGCUGCAGGGAACAAGUCACUAAGUGUAGGGUGUGUGUGGGGUCAGCACAGUGUCCCACACCCUGUGCCCUGGCUCUGUGAUGCCUGCCAGCACCCAGCCCAGCUCUGGGAGGCAAUGCUGUGGGUGCUGCGAGUCCUCUGCCCCGCGGCAGAGAGUGAAGAGCCCAAAGAAGAUCCCAGACUCAGCCCUGCCCUGCCCUGCCAAAUCCCUGGGCAGGGAGGAGGCAAACCCCCACCUCACAGGCUGCCCCAUGGGAGCCUUUCCUCCAGCCCCAGAGCAGCUGGGGGGCAAAGGAGGGGGUGCCAGCUCCUUAGGGGGACUCUGCCCAGGACCCCGCUCUGGUCCUCAGCCCCUCACAACCCCCUCUCCCCACACAGACCACACAGCUUACACGGGUUUACAAAGCACAUUGGUUGAAGGGAACUGAACUCAGUGUAAAGAUAAAUCCAACCACGCGGCACAUCUGAAAAAAAUAAAUUACUUUCAAAAUAC